AUGAGAAACAAUAAUCAAUUUACAAUUACUCAGGAUGGCAUAUUGAGGAAGAAAUACGAAAUAAACCGAUAUCAGAAGGCAAAUGUUCAAUUACCUACAACCAUGCUUACUGCAAUAUCAGAAGUUGAUUUAGGAAUAGAUGUACAACUUAAAAAUAUUGAGGAAACUGAGAAGGCAAAAAUAUUAUUGGAAAAAAUACAUCAAAAAUCAAAAGCUGAAAAGGAUUCAUUUGAAGGAUCUAGUUUUUCAGCUACUAACAGAUUUUAUUGCACAUGUCCAACUGUGAGUGACCAUGAAAGAAUUAACAAUGGGGGUGACCAAUUAAAUCACAACUCAUCAAAUAAUAAUAAGCAUGGUGCUUGA